AUGGGGAUUCCGUGGGCGAGUCAAAGUCCUCAACGAUUCGGGAUGGAAGCUGAAACUGUCGGGUACCUUCUCCGAAGAGGUCGAUAUGGAAAUUUUCAUGAUAUCGAGGAAAUCGCUUCCUUCUUAAGGGUAGACGGGCAAAAUUUCUGUCCCACGGAUGACAUUUCCCCAUGCUCCUGCUUCGAAGAAUUGUGGAACGAGUUACGGGUGGAUUGCUCAGAUGCAGGAUCGGGUCAGGAGAUCUUUUCUGUCUUCAAUUCCGUCGACUGGAAUGUCACGGAGGUCAGGGAAUUCCAUAUGAAUGAAAAUGAAUUUGUGAUGGAGCUCCCAGAUGGAGUCUUUGGAAGCGUCUCCUUUCGGUUCAUAGCGUUAUACUCCAUCACGAAACUUAGUACCGUUCAUGAGACUGCAUUUCUUCAAGCAAAAGAUGUGCUUGAAUCUAUUAUAAUUCAAGAGAGUAACCUUGAAAACUUCCCGUGGGGCAUCCUACCCCAAUUGCACAACCUCGGGGAACUCCGCCUCGACCUCAAUUCCCUGACGGAAUUGCCAGCCCUGCAGAGUAACACUCUGGAAUACCUCUCCGUUACGGGUAACCACAUACCUGCAAUUGUGCCUGGAUGGUUCCUGCCCAACUUGAAGGAACUGCAACUCGGCGUGAAUCCCAUCUCAGAGAUCCCGAUCGUAUUUUUUGAUAACUUACAAAGUUUGGAGAUCUAUGGGUGCUCGCUCUGCAGUCUGGAAGACGUCCCGUGGGAUACCAUACUCCAGUUGGCGAGUCUUACGGGUCUCCAACUCGGUGGAAAUUUUUUUACAACUGUGCCGACCCUUCAGAGUAACACUCUGGAAAGCCUCUCCCUCGGAGGCAACCAAUUAUCUGCAUUGCAAGCUGGAUGGGCCAUGCCCAAUUUGAAGCAUCUGCACUUGGGUUCGAAUCCUAUCUCAGAGUUCCCGAUUGGAUUCUUUGACGGCUUCACAAGCCUGCAGUUUUUCUCAUGCCUCGGCUGCCACCUGGGACCGACUCUUCAUUCUGGGAAAUUGGCAUUUCCUAGUCAGGCUCUAGAUGAUGUCGACCUCGGGAGAAACGAUAUUAGAUUUUUAGAAACUGGAGCCAUUACAGGUCUUACGGCAAACACGCAGCUAUGGCUGGAUGAUAACCUGAUUACCAAACUGCCGGAGGCAUCGUUUGGCCCGAUCCUGGAAAUCCUUUACGGUGGGGCAGGACAAAUACAUCUGGAUGCCAUGACUCCGAUCGAACGAGCAACUCUUCGCCCCAUCGUCUACGACGAGUUCCUCCAAGGACACCCUGCAAGAGCCGCCGCGGACAACAUCUGCGCUGCCUUCGAGGGCAACAUCGUCUACUAUUCCACGGUGUCUCGAUGGUUCGAACGAUUGGAAUCUGGCGAUACGACCUUCGGAGAUGGACCACACUUGGGACGUCCAUCUACAGUCGAUGACGAAGCCCUGCGGAACGCCCUCAACUCGAAGCCGAACGCCACCACUCGCGAAUCGGCGACUACACUUGGACCAUAUGAUCUGCCCAUUAUCGUGGACGACCACGAUGGGAAUACGAGCCUGGCGCACAUCCUCCUCCCCUAUGAGCUCAUCGCAACUGCCGAUGAUUAG